GAGAAAUCAGAUUCUUACUACAUCAUCAUCCUAAUCCAAGGCCCGAGAGGUGACUGUACAUAUCCAAGAACUGCUGUCGAACAUGGCUUCUUCUCUGCCUCCUACACAACAGAGAGAAAUGCCCAGCCUUCCUCUCUAUCCCUUCACAACUAACCACCAUCUGAUGGCACCAGGCCCCAACAUGGAGAUGCUGAGUGCCCUUCCGGUCAAGAGAGGACCAGAGGACGAGGUCCAAUUUGUCUCUGCUCACAGUGUGAAGAAGUGCCGUGGCAGCAGAGAGUCAACCCCCGCCCAGGACCAACAGGCGGCAGCAGAACAGAGCAACAGCGUACAUCAAACCCAGGGCCUCAUGAGCGGGGCUGAGGACAAUAGGGAUUCUCCAUGCAGUCCAGCAGCCAGAGGGCCGUCACCAGGCAAGCCACAACCAGCGAUCCAUCGUGUCGUGUCGGUGCCAAUGAACAUGGGAGACUAUGUCUUCCCUCCCCCUCCCCGCAUCCAAGCAUCGCUGCUACGACUACUGGACUGCCACCUCCUAUGCACCAGCGUGGACUGCAUGUACCCUGGGGCAUGGCCGGUCUCUAUCCUCAACCUGCGCCAGUGGAGCCAAACCCGAACUGGAACCCCCUGGCCCCGCUGCCUCCUGUUGAGCCUCAACAUUCUGGGAAGCCUGCUGAGAAACAGAGCCCAGAGCUUUCGCCAAGACGUUCUCUUGCGCCUAACAAGGACUCUUGGCCAGUUUCACCACCUGCCUGCCUUUCCCAACGUCGAGAGGAUGUAUCCAGCCAACAUGUCCACGAAGCCGAAUCGAAUCGUACUCGGAAGACACCAGAGCCACAGCGUUCGGCCGAUAGGCCUCCUGCAGACCAGGCAUGAUAUGCCGACGAGCGCACAGCAGCCACAAGCCAUAAAACCUCCCUGCCUGAUAUGCGAGCAGAUGCGCCAGCAGCAGGCCCUCAUCAACCAGGCCAACAACAUUCCCGUUGGAAAUGGUACUCCUCAUCUACAGCAGCACGGCUGGCACGGUCUAAAUGCGUUUCAACAACAGCUACACCUGGCACACCAGGCUGCGAUGGGUACCAAUGUGGGCAUGCAGAACUUUCAGCUCAGGUUUCAACCCUUGCUACCUGCCCAGCUCCCCAUGGGAUAUGCCAUACCACAGGUUCCAGGCCACGUUCCGAUGUCGAUGCAGAGGGGCGGCGGCGGCAUCUUCCCAAUUCAGGGCAACCAGAACCAAGCCCAGCAAGCCUCCACAAACCAGGUACUCCCUCAGACCUACACCGGCGUCACUCAGUUUCUACGUCCUGAGUUCUACCAGAACCAAAUCCAACCUCCUCAGCAGGCCAUCCAAACGCUGAAACCUGUCUUGGCUUCCCCACACGCUCCAGUUCCAGCAGUACUAGCGUCGCCUGCUUUGCCAGCAACCGCUCAAUCUUCAGGGCCCUCUCCAACAUCCCAAGCCCCUCAACCAGCAGCAACAACCGCCGCAACAGCCGCCGAGCCACGCAAACCAUCCCCCAACCUCAUCGUCGAUAUUGCCGAGACUUGCGAGGAGAUAUUCCCCUGGGACGAGGUAGCAAAGAGACACGGUGUGUCCCGCGUCAAGGUCGUCGACACCUUCGCCGCCGUCAUCCAGCUGCCCCUCCUCCGCUGCACGACCGACAAAAAGCGACACGGGAAGCUCGCCACUAGCAGGCUCCGGGAGUACACCAAGGCGAAGAAGGACGUGGAGGCUGCGAAUAGUCCUUCAGCGACGAAGACGACGACGACUCCCACAAAAUCUACGACGACAGCAGCAGCAACAGCCACAGUCCCAAUCCAGGCCUGCCUCUCACGACCACCACAGAGCUGUGAGGGCCAGCUUCAUACCAAGCAGGCGCCGCAUGCAACGCAGGAUAGGCCCCUCCUGCCAGUCCACUGGCCGCCCCAGCGACAGCCCACCGCCGGGUCCAGCCCUGAAAACCUCGUCCGGCUCAGGUCCUCCAUCUGCAGGCACGCGGAGGUGCGCAGCUGUCUCUCGAGGACCCGUGCGUCGGUAGAGCGCCCCUCGGCCGUCGCCUGGAGGAUCCUCGCCGCCAGGACCUCGCGCUCGGCGGCGUACCUGAGGAGGAUCCGGGUGCGGCUGUGGUCUGGGUCGCAGUCGGCGCAGGUGCAGUUGAGCCAGGUCCUGUGGGCCGGAAGGAUGCAUUUCUUGGGACAGCGGGGGCCGGACCAGUGGAUGAGGUAGUGGGAACAGAGGAGCUGGGUUGCGGUGCCGUUGCACAUUUUCUUCUUUCUUUUCUUUCUUUCUUCUUCCUCUCCUUGAGUGAUCUCUAUGGUUUCUUUCCUGGGCACGAGAGCUCCGGUCAUGCACCGUUGUUGGUCCGAGGGAGGACCAAUAUUGUGUUUGUAUGAUACUUGUUGUUGCGUCUCGAAGCUUUCACGACCGACUGAGAACGAGUGACGAUGGAAGGCAUGACGUUUCUUUGUGGUGCUUUGAGAAGAUUGGCGUUCGGUACUGAUUUGGGAGGAUAAUGACUUGUUUGCUUGAUGUUGAAAUCACAGGAUCAAUGAGCACGAUACUGGAAUUCAGACAACAGUGAUCAGUUGGAAAUGGAGAGGGUAUAAGAAGAAAUGGCCGAGACAAGAGACUCUUUUCCAGGGACAAGAACGUGGUAAGUGAUUUAUGUCUCGGAUGAUGCAAAAGUAUUCAUCACUUUUGUUCCUAAUAAUAGACUGGUCGCCCUUUUCUGGUGUCACAAAAUGAUGUCUCUCUCAAUCUUUCUGAUUGGUGAUAAACACAGUUGAG